AUGGCAGUUUCUCCCGCCAAUUUCGUCUUUGCUUUCUUGCUGUUUUGUGUUACGUUGACGCUCGUUUUCAUAUUUGCUUCUGGGUUGCUGGCUUGGAUUUUGAGCCGGAUUUUAGGUGCAUCUGUUGGAUUUUGUGUUGGUGGAUGUAACAGCUUAAGAGAUGUGGUAGUAAAGUUUAAAAAGGGUGCUGUUGAAUCUGUAUCUAUUGGUGAAAUUAAACUCAGCUUACGCCAUUCAUUAGUCAAACUUUGUGUGAGUUUUAAUUCUUGGGAUCCAAAGUUGCAAGUGUUAAUAUGCAACCUAGAAGUUUCUAUGAGGCCUUCAAAUAAAAGCCCUGGGAAGAAGAAAACUCGGAAAUCCAGUGCUCGACCUUUGGACCGGGGAAAAUGGAUGAUUAUAGGCAAUAUUGCAAGAUAUUUGUCAGUUUCUGUGACAGAUCUUGUUUUGAAGACACCUAAGUUUACCUUUGAGACCACAGAGUUGAACGUGGAUAUAUCUAAAGAUGGUGGAUCCGUGUCCGAUUUGUCUGUUAGGGUACAAAUAUUGCCUAUUGUUGUUCAUAUUGGUGAGCCUCAAGUUAGUUGUGAUCUGUUAUCAAAUGUUUAUGGUGGAGGAUGCAGUGCUUCUAGCCAGGCAUCUGUCGCUGCUAUUAAAAAACCUUCUGCUCAUUUUAUUUGUGAAAAAUUCUCCGUCUCUUGUGAAUUUGGUCAUGAUAGGGAAAUUGGUAUAAUUGUUAAGAAUGUGGGCAUUUCCAUUGGAGAGGUCACCGUGAAUUUGAAUGAGGGGUUGCUUGUGAAAAGAAAGAGUUCAUCGGAAUCUCCUUCUAGCUCUAACAGAAAUAUAGGGACAAGUAUGGAUUCUAUAAGCACAAAACAACCUUCCAAGAAGCAGCAAACACUUGCUGGAUACAGCUCUUUGUUUCCUGAAAAGGUCAGUUUCAAUCUGCCAAAGCUGAAUGUGAGUUUUACACAUCGCGAAUAUGGUAUUUCUGUUGAAAGUAACAUCACGGGCAUCCAAUUGGAAAGCAUCAAAUCACGAUCCACUAAGGAUGUUGGGGAGAGUACAUGCCUUGAUUUUCAACUGGAAUUUAGUGAAAUUCAUCUUCUUAGAGAAGCUGGUACUUCCACCCUAGAGAUAUUGAAGUUGAAUUUGGUCUCUUUUGUAUACGUCCCAAUACAGUCAAUCUCGCCUAUUAGAGCUGAAAUUGAAAUCAAGCUUGGAGGUUUACAGUGCAACAUCAUAAUGAGCAGAUUAAAGCCUUGGUUGCUCCUCCAUUUGUCCAAGAAGAAAAAAAUGGUACUUCGGGAAGAAGCUUCUGUUGUUGUAAAACCAAAAUCAACUGAUAGCAAGACCAUCAUCACGUGGAAAUGUAAUUUGUUAGCUCCAAAGAUGACAAUAAUGGUUUUCAAUGUGGCUGGUUCUCCAGUAUAUCAUGGUUGCUUACAAUCAUCACAUCUGUUUGCAAACAACAUUUCAAAUAUGGGGACUACAGUACACCUCGAACUUGGUGAAUUAAUUCUCCGCUUGGCUGAUGAAUAUCAAGACUGCUUGAAAGAAAGUUUUUUUGGUUUGGAAUCAAACUCUGGCUCCAUUAUGCACAUUACAAAGGUUAGUUUGGAUUGGGGUAAAAAGGACAUGAAAUCCUCUGAAGAAGAUGGUUCUAGGUAUAUGCUAGGUUUAUCAGUUGAUGUGACUGGCAUGGGAAUUUAUCUAACUUUCAAGCGUAUAGAAUCAUUCAUAUCAACAGCAAUAUCCUUUCAAUCUUUAUUAAAAAGCUUAUCUCCUCCAAAGAAAAAAUUAACAGAGAGCAGGGGGCAUUUAUCAAAAACUUCGAAAAAGGGAAUUCAAAUAUUGAAAUGCAAUGUUGAACAAUGUUCAGUAUAUGUAUUGGGGGAGACCGGAUUGGAAAAUACAGUUGUUCCAGAUCCCAAGCGAGUUAAUUAUGGUUCCCAGGGUGGUAGAGUUAUAAUAAAUGUGUCAGCAGAUGGUACCCCGCGCAAUGCAAACAUAAUGUCCACUAUUUCCAAUGAAUAUCAGAAGCUAAAGUACUCUAUCUUUCUUGAAAUCUUUCAUUUUAAGUUGUGUAUGAACAAGGAGAAGCAAUCCACACAGGUAGAACUUGAAAGGGCCAGAUCUAUCUAUCAGGAAUAUAUGGAGGAAAAUAGGCCAGUAACAAAGGUGGCAUUAUUUGAUAUGCAAAAUGCUAAAUUUGUACAACGCUUAGGUGGCCUUAAAGAGAAUGCUGCAUGUUCUCUUUUCAGUGCUACUGACAUUACAGUGAGGUGGGAGCCUGAUUUACAUCUAUCACUGAUUGAACUUGUUCUCCAGCUGAAAUCAGUGGUACACAAUAGGAAGCUUCAGGAGCAGGGUAAUGAACAUAUGGAAGAAGUGUCUUAUAUGAGAGAUGCUAAUUGUAAAAAUGAAGCUACUGAGGAAUCAGGGCAUCCUAAAAAGAAGAAAGAAUCUAUUUUUGCUGUUGAUGUGGAAAUGUUAAAUAUAUCUGCUGAGCUAGGAGAUGGAGUUGAUGCUAUGGUCCAGGUGCAGUCAAUUUUCUCUGAGAAUGCUCGUAUCGGAGUGCUCCUUGAAGGACUCAUGCUAAGUUUUAAUGGGGCUAGAAUCUUCAAGAGUAGUCGGAUGCAAAUUUCACGAAUUCCUAGUAUAUCUGCUAAUGCAUCUGAUGCAAAGGGAUCUGUAGCCACGACAUGGGAUUGGGUAAUUCAAGGUCUCGAUGUUCACAUUUGUAUACCAUACAGAUUGCAAUUGCGUGCUAUUGAUGAUGCUUUUGAGGAUAUGUUAAGAGGCUUGAAGCUCAUUAUUGUUGCUAAGAAUAAUUUAGUUUUUCCUGUGAAGAAAGAGAGUUCUAAAGUUAAAAAACCUAGUUCAGCAAAAUUUGGAUGCAUAAAGUUUUUCAUACGCAAGUUAACUGCUGAUAUUGAAGAGGAACCAAUCCAGGGAUGGCUUGAUGAGCAUUAUCAGCUUUUGAAGAAGGAAGCUGGUGAGUUAGCUGUUCGGUUAAACUUUCUGGAUGAAUUUAUACAGAAGGCCAAGCAAGAUCCAAAAUCUACUGAUGACACCAAUAAUUCUUCUCAAGAAAGAAAGGUCAAUUUUAAUGUUGCUGAGGAUGACGUAAAUAAUUCUCCAACUAUUGAAUCCAUGCAAGAAGAAAUUUAUAAACAAUCAUUCCAAUCAUAUUACCAAGCAUGCCAGAACCUAGUGUUAUCUGAAGGGUCAGGGGCUUGUAAAGAUGGCUUUCAAGCUGGUUUCAAACCUAGUUCUGCAAGGUCUUCUCUUCUUACAAUCUCUGCAUUGGACUUAGAUAUAAGCUUGACAAAAAUUGGUGGUGGUGAUGAUGGGAUGAUUGAGGUUCUAAGGAAGCUUGAUCCUGUCUGUCUUGAAUAUGAUAUACCAUUUUCACGACUUUAUGGGGCAAACAUUCUCUUAAGUACUGGUUCUCUUGUGGUCCAGCUUCGAAAUUACCCAUAUCCACUUUUCUCUGGAAGUUCUGGUAAAUGUGAAGGUUGUCUUGUGUUGGCUCAGCAGGCAACUAGCUUUCAACCUCAAAUACUUCAAGAUGUCUAUGUUGGGAGAUGGAGAAAGGUGAGCAUGCUUCGAUCAGCUAGCGGUACUACUCCACCAAUGAAGACAUACUCAAAUUUGCCAAUACAUUUUCAGAAAGGCGAAGUGUCAUUUGGGGUGGGUUAUGAACCAGUUUUUGCUGACGUUAGUUAUGCUUUCACUGUGGUGCUACGGAGGGCUAAUCUAAGUGUUAGGAAUCCUGGCCCACUUAUUAUACCACCAAAAAAAGAGCGGAGUUUGCCAUGGUGGGAUGACAUGAGAAAUUACAUUCAUGGAAGAAUUUCCUUAUUAUUUUCUGAAACAAAAUGGAAUAUUUUGGCAAGUACUAAUCCUUAUGAAAAGCUUGAUAAACUUAAAAUUCUGACUAGCUCUAUGGAAUUUCACCAGUCAGAUGGUCAUGUUCUUGUUUGUGCCAAAGAUUUCAAGGUUUUAUUGAGUAGUUUGGAGAGUUUGGCAAACAAACGUGGUUCCAAAAUUCCAACAGGUGUCUCUGGUGCAUUUUUGGAAGCCCCAGUCUUUACACUUGAAGUUACAAUGGACUGGGAUUGUGACUCUGGCAAUCCCUUGAAUCAUUAUUUAUUUGCACUUCCAAUUGAGGGGGAAACUCGUGAGAAAGUAUUUGAUCCCUUCAGAUCCAUUUCUCUUUCCCUUCGAUGGAACCUAUCCUUUGGAUCCUUUCAUCCUUCAUCAGAAAAACAAUGUCCAUCCUCCAUUGCAAGAGCUAGUAUUGAAGGAGAUGCUACUGUACAUCAUCCUCCUGACAUUUUUCAGAAUGUUUCACUUACUUCUCCAACAGUGAAACUUGGUGCUCAUGAUCUUGCAUGGAUUGUAAGAUUCUGGAACUUGAACUACAUUCCUCCACAUAAACUGCGCACCUUCUCGCGUUGGCCUCGUUUUGGAGUUCCAAGACUUGUCAGAUCAGGCAAUCUUUCAUUAGAUAAAGUGAUGACUGAAUUUAUGAUCCGUAUAGAUUCUACACCAGUCUGUAUAAAGAACAUGCCUUUACAUGAUGAUGAUCCAGCCAAAGGACUGACCUUUAUGAUGACAAAGCUAAAGUUUGAAUUAUGUUUUAGUAGGGGCAAGCAAAAGUAUACUUUUGAAAGCAAACGUGACCUUCUUGAUCUUGUUUACCAAGGUAUUGACCUUCAUAUGCCCAAGGCUUUUCUAAUUAAAGAAGACUACAGCAGGGUUGCUAAAUUAGUUAGCAUGACACCAAAAAACUCACAAUCUGCAUCCGAGAAUAAAAUCCCCUCUGAAAAAGGUUACUUGACACAGAAAAAUCCUGAUGAUGGAUUUCUGUUAUCCUGUGAUUACUUUACUAUAAGAAGACAGUCCCCGAAGGCUGAUCCUGCUAGGUUAGUUGCUUGGCAUGAAGCAGGAAGAAGAAAUGUUGAAAAGACCGAUAUACGGUCUGAGUGUGAACAUGGGAGCGGAACUGAUGAGCAUAUUCAAUCAGACCCAAGUGAUGAUGAUGGAUACAAUGUGGUAAUAGCUGACAAUUGUCAGCGUGUGUUUGUCUACGGUCUCAAGCUUCUAUGGACUAUUGAAAACAGAGAUGCUAUUUGUUUCUGGGUUGGUGGUCUAUCCAAAGCCUUUGAACCUGCUAAGCCUUCUCCUUCGCGACAGUAUGCACAGAGAAAAUUAUUUGAGGACAACAAACAGCAUGAUGGAGCUGAAACCCAUCAAAAUGAUGACGCUGAAACCCGUCAACAUGAUGGAGAUGAAACCCAUCAACAUGAUGAAGCUGAAACCCAUCAACAUGAUGGAGAUGAAACUCAUCAAGAUGAUGGAGCUGAAACCUGUCAAGAUGAUGGAGCUGAAACCUGUCAAGAUGAAGUUUCUAAUCCCCUUGUUGCUGGAAACAUCUCAGAUUCUCCCUCUUCUCAGACUGCCACAGCUGCUGGAUUACUUUCAUCCCCACCACAUUCAGUUAAGGUGGACGACUUGCCAUCUGAUAAAAAUGAAAAUACAGAUGAUUCAAAAGAGGGGAUUCGACACUUCAUGGUGAAUGUUAUUGAACCACAGUUUAAUCUUCACUCAGAGGAUGCACAUGGUAGAUUUUUGCUUGCUGCAGUAAGCGGCCGCAUUUUAGCCCAGUCAUUUCAUUCAAUCCUUCAUGUUGGUCAUGAGAUGAUUGAGCAAGCACUUGGUACUACAGAUGGACAUAUUGGUGAAUACCAACCUGAAAUUGCUUGGAAAAGAAUGGAGUUGUCUGUUAUGUUGGAGCGUGUACAGGCCCAUGUUGCACCAACAGAUGUUGACCUAGGAGCUGGAGUGCAGUGGCUACCGAAAAUUCUCAGAGGCUCUCCAAAAGUAAUGCGUACAGGUGCUCUUCUAGAGAGAGUUUUUAUGCCUUGUGAUAUGUACUUUCAGUACACGAGGCACAAAGGAGGCACUCCAGAACUGAAGGUGAAGCCCUUGAAGGAGCUCAAAUUCAAUUCUCAUAAUAUAACAGCCACAAUGACAUCUCGCCAGUUUCAGGUCAUGCUGGAUGUGUUGAACAAUCUUCUCUUUGCACGGCUUCCAAAGCCUCAAAAAAGUAGCUUGUCACUUUCUGUUGAAGAUGACGAAGUUGUCGAAGAGGAAGCAGAUGAGGUAGUUCCUGAUGGUGUUGAAGAGGUGGAACUUGCAAAAAUAAACCUCGAAAAGAAAGAGAGAGAACAGAAGUUGCUUCUUGAUGAUAUAAGAAAAUUGUCUGUCUGGUGUGACCCUUCUAGAGAUGUACAUCAAGAAAAGGAAGCAGACUUGUGGAUGAUAGGCUGUGGAAGUGCCAUGCUGGUUCAAGAACUGAAGAGAGAACUUAUAAGUGCACAAAAAUCUAAGAAGGAAGCAUAUGCAUCACUAAGAAUGGCUCUGCAAAAAGCUGCACAGCUGCGGCUAAUGGAGAAGGAGAAGAACAAAAGUCCUUCUUAUGCUAUGCGCAUAUCUAUGCAUAUUACCAAAGUUGUUUGGAGCAUGCUUCUUGAUGGUAAAUCCUUUGCUGAAGCCGAGAUUAAUGACAUGAUCUACGACUUCGACCGGGAUUACAAGGAUGUGGGCGUUUCUCAGUUUACAACAAAAUAUUUUGUUUUCAGAAACUGUCUGCCUAAUGCCAAGUCUGAUAUGAUCUUGUCAGCAUGGAAUCCCCCACCUGAAUGGGGAAAAAAAGUGAUGCUUCAAGUUGAUGCGAAACAGGGAGCUCCAAAGGAUGGAAGUUCUCCCUUUGAACUUUUCCAGGUAGAGAUUUAUCCCCUUAAGAUCCAUUUGACAGAGACGAUGUACCGAAUGAUGUGGGGGUAUUUCUUCCCAGAAGAAGAACGAGAUUCACAACGCCGACAGGAGGUUUGGAAGGUUUCAACCGCAGCUGGUGCAAGGCGUGUAAAGAAAGGUUCAUCAGUCCAUGAAGCUUCUGCUUCAAGCGGUCACUCAACAAAAGAAUCCAAAGCCUCAUCCAAAUCUUCCAUCUCUGCAAUGCUAUUUCCUGCAACCAGUCAGUCUUCCGUCCAAGUUGAUUCAGCCCAAGUGAGUAUUUUAAUGAAUUCAAACCCUAGUACUGGUUCAACCCCUGAGUUGAGAAGGACGUCUUCUUCUGAUAGAACAUGGGAAGAGACUGUGGCAGAAUCUGUAGCUGAUGAACUUGUAUUACAAAGCUUUUCUUCCCAAAAAAAUGGCCCAUUCGGCUCUAAUGAACAACAAGAUGAAGCAACUAAGAAUAAAUCAAAAGAUUCCAAAGGUGUCAAAGCUGGUCUUUCAUCUCUUGAAGAAGAAAAGGUGGCUAAGUCACAUGAAGAGAAGAGAUCUAGGCCGCAAAAGAUAAUGGAAUUUCACAACAUCAAAAUUAGCCAGGUGGAGUUAUGUGUUACAUAUGAAGGACAAAGAUUUGUCAUAAACGAUCUGAAAAUACUGAUGGAUCAAUUUCACCGAGUUGAGUUUACUGGGACUUGGCGAAGACUCUUUUCACGAGUUAAGAAGCACAUCAUUUGGGGAGUCCUAAAGUCUGUGACUGGAAUGCAGGGUAAGAAAUUUAAAGACAAAGGUCAGAGUCAGCCUACUGGAGCUGGUGUUACAGAAAUAGACCUUAAUUUUAGUGACAAUGAAGGCCAGGUGGGAAUAUCUGAUAAGCAUCCACCAUCUUGGCCCAAGCGACCAAGUGAUGGAGCGGGUGAUGGAUUUGUAACAUCCGUUAGAGGAAUAUUUAGUACUCAACGCCGCAAGGCAAAGGCGUUUGUGCUCAAGACAAUGAGAGGUGAUGCAGAGAAUGAAUUUCAAGGAGAUUGGAGUGAAAAUGAUGUGGAGAUCUCUCCUUUUGCUAGGCAGCUCACGAUCAUAAAAGCUAAAAAGCUUAUUAAGCGGCACACUAAGAAGUUCCACUCUAAAGGACAAAAAGGUUCAUCCUCACAACAAACAGAAGCACUACCAUCAUCUCCCAGAGAGACAACUCCAUUUGACAGUGAUUCUUCAAGUGGAUCCUCACCCUAUGAAGCUUUCCAUGAAUAGAUAUGUUUAUCUAAAGGAAUCCUGGCUUUUCAGCUGAGCAUGAAGCACUUUUCAUCUGGUUCUUAAAUGACUAAAAGGAUACAAGACCUUGACAGCUAUCUUUCUCAAUCAGCAGGUACCUCAAACGAACACUUGACAGAGAGACAGCUUGAGAAGAGGGACACCAAAAAUGGAAAGAGAACUUGGGACUCACAUUCGGAAAAUGCAUAAUUGCUUUUGAUAGAUUCAUAGUAUAUUUUCCCUGGCAACCUUGGUCAUCGUUGAUAAAGAGUCUUGCAUUCAUCUCGUCUAACAUUUUCUACUACUUGUCCGCAACAUUUGCCGAUCUAACGUGUUCUAUUUCUUGUCAGCCUCACUUACGGUUGAUCAAGAACCUUGCGACCAUCUCUAUCAAACAUUUCCAGGUUCUAAAUUCCUUCAGCGUCUGGUAAUUUAGGCCUCCUUAAAUUUUCAGAAAAUAGAAGAUUAUAAGA